UGUGUGGGAGUGACCAGAGGAGGGGCUGUCCACGCUACAGUCUGCCUUAAUGAGUGACAAUAUCUAGAAACGGCGGAGAAAUCUCCGGCACAUGCAGCGAGUUCAUCGCGAAGCUGUAAGGCUUUAGGAAGACCGUAAAAGGAAAUGAACGGAGAAGCCAUGAACAACGAAUACGAUGUCAUUGUGAUCGGUGGAGGCAUCUCAGGACUCUGUGCUGCUAAAUUACUUUUCGAAGCAGGAUUGAAUGUUGUGGUAUUAGAGGCUCGUGACAGGGUUGGGGGAAGAACUCAUACAAUAAGAAACAAAGAGGUUCAGUAUGUGGAUGUUGGUGGAGCAUACGUUGGCCCAACUCAGAAUCGCAUACUACGGGUGGCAAAAGAGUUGGGUUUAAAGACAUACAAAGUGAAUGUUGAGGAACAGGUCAUCUAUCAUGUAAAGGGAAGGACAUAUGCAUUUAAUGGAGCAUUCCCACCAGCUUGGAACCCUUUUGUCAUUUUGGAUUAUAACAACCUUUGGAGGACAAUUGAUGAAUGGGGAAAGGAGAUCCCUGUGGAUGCCCCAUGGAAAGCUCCUCAUGCUGCAGAAUGGGACAAAAUGUCUAUGCAGCAGUUCAUAGACCAGGUUUGCUGGACAAGGGCUGCUAAAAGGUUCGCUCAACUCUUUGUGAAUGUGAAUGUCACCUCCGAACCACACCAGGUUUCCGCACUUUGGUUUUUGUGGUACAUAAAGCUUUGUGGGGGCACAUCUCGCAUUUUUUCUGUAACCAACGGAGGUCAGGAAAGGAAGUUUGUGGGAGGUUCUGGCCAGAUAAGUGAGAAAAUAAUGGAACGUCUUCAAGAUCGCGUUAAAUUAUCCCGGCCAGUUGUAAGACUUGACCAAUCUGGUGAAAAAGUUAUUGUGGAAACCCUAAACCGUGAAAUCUAUAAGGGAAAGUAUGUUAUCAGCGCCAUACCACCAAGUCUUACUGCAAAAAUUCACUAUAAACCAGAGCUACCAGCAGCCAGAAACCAGUUGAUCCACCGUCUUCCUUUGGGAUCUGUGAUUAAAUGUAUGAUGUACUACAAAGAAGCCUUUUGGAGGAAGAAAGGUUACUGUGGAGCAAUGUUUAUUGAGGAUGAAAAUUCCCCAGUUGAGAUCACAUUAGAUGAUACCAAGCCUGAUGGGUCUGUCCCUGCCAUUAUGGGUUUCAUUCUGUCCAGAAAAGCCUCUGCUCUGACAAACCUUAGCAAGGAAGAUAGAAAGAGAAGAAUUUGUGAACACUUUGCCAAAGCAUUGGGUACAGAAGAAGCAUUGCAUCCAGUACAUUACGAAGAGAAGAACUGGUGUGAAGAAGAAUACUCAGGGGGAUGCUAUACUGUUUAUUUCCCCCCAGGAAUUAUGACUCAGUAUGGAAGUGUCAUUCGACAGCCUGUGGGGAAGAUAUACUUUGCUGGGACUGAGACUGCUACACAGUGGAGUGGAUACAUGGAAGGUGCUGUGCAGGCUGGAGAACGAGCAGCCAGGGAGAUAAUGUGCCAGAUGGGACUAAUUCCAGAAAGUGAAAUAUGGAUGCCUGAGCCUGAAUCAGAGGAUGUUCCAGCACUACCGUUUAAUAGAACAUUUUUGGAAAGAAUACUGCCAUCUGCUCAAGGAUUUGCAAACUUCCUUUGUCAUUCUGCUUUCCUUGCCUCGGCUGUUGUUCUUGGAUUGUAUGCACACAGAAAGGGGUUUGUUGUUCGAUUGUAAUCAGCUUACAACUGCCAGAAACAACCAGAAAAUCUCUAGUUGUUUAAGUAGAUAUCCCACGAUCCUCUACUAGCCAUGCCUUUUUAUGUAAUCGUUAUCAAGACACUGUGAAAUUUGAACACACAGUUGGGUAUUUACUGCGUCAAUACAAUAAUGUAACCAAUAAUUAUUUUAUUCUCAAGUUCUCAGGAGUCCAUGUUUAAUCUUUUCAUUUACAGCACAAAGAACAAUUAUAUGAUAUGGCAAUAGCAAAUCUAUAUUUUAGGGAAACCUAAUACAUCUGUUAAGAUAUCAAGAACUAGGUUAGGCAUGCUCUAAUUUCCCAGGUGUUAACUAAAUCUCACACAAUGCGUUUCUAUUAUAUAGUUGUGGCAGAUUGUCCAAGUUGUACAUCUUUAAGACCAAUGAUGCUACAGGUUGCCUACUUCUGGCCUCCAGCCUAGAACAAACUUUUUUGUAUUUCUUAAUAUUGUCAUCUGGUGCAAUAUGGAAUAGAUUUAACAUAUUGGGAAGUAUAUUUUUAUGACUCUUAAUGUUUUUUCAUAUUAAUGAUUAUGUUGAUUUAUGCUUCUACUCUGCUUUUUUUAGUUGUAUCUUUUCUAUAACAUGUGUUAUUCUCAUAUGUAAUAUGUUUACAAUUAUGGAAUUUGUUCUGGUUUAAGACCUGUCAGUACAAUGUUCAUUAUAAGAGCUGUUCUAGAUCUGGGACUAGUAUUCCCAAUACUGCAAUCAUUACUGCAUUUUAACUGGCAGAAACUAGAAACAUAAUAAAUAGAAAUAAAUGUUUGCAAUAUCAGGGAAUGCAGUUUUCCUUUUAAUAAAUCUUGCUUCAAAACCUCA